AUGUCAUCGUUUACUGCAGUGGAUGGACUCAACCCAUUAUCCGCGUGUCAUUGUUGCAUUUACAGAUUGGAAUGGGAUCCACCGGCACAACCAAAUGGCGAUAUUUCUCAUUAUGUGGUCAGCUGGCGUGCGAUGAACGAUGCAUAUAUGAAUCAACACAUGGGAGCUGCAGUCUGCCAUGAUGAUAUAACUCGCAGUCUGGAUCUAUCAAUGGGUCUUUCUGAAGGUCUUCGUGAUACUACAACAACACCAGCGCCUCGAGCGGUGUCAGUUCUGCUUGGUGACGGUAGUGAUUCUCACACUGACACUUGCCCACGGCAGGAAGGUUGCUGCAAAUGUGCUCCGAAAGCUGUUUCCACCGAAACAGAUGAAGGUGUUGAAUCCCAGACUGCAUUUGAGAACGCUGUUCACAAUGUCGUGUUCGUUCAGAACUGUGCGCAUAGCCACGAUCCGAUACGGUGUGGUGGUGGUGGAGAUUUAGACGAGGAAGUUGCUCCACUUGAGAAUGACAUCGAAACAAGCGCAUAUAGGCGAUCUCGCUCGACAAGAACUGUACGACAUCAUUUCCGACGCUAUGGCAACAACGAGCGUUUCCUGAGAGAAGUGGCUCGAAGGCGUCGCUCCAUCGCGGCUUCUACCCGUUCAAAAGAUGGAUACAGUGCUAAGCCGGACGUAAAAACUGCGGCCGACGUGAGGAAGAAUGCAACCACGUCAUUGGAAGCCGUCAAGACAGAUGCGAUUACUGUGAACGUGACGGCAACCUCUUUUGUGAUCAAAGGUCUCAAACAUUACACACGCUAUUUUAUUCAAGUAACCGUAUGCCAAGAUCCAACUGCUCCCGAAACACAUUGCUCGGCGAAAAGAGCGUGGCAGUACGUGAGAACUAAGCCAAUUGUGGAUGCCGAUAGAGUGGACAAUUCGACGAUCAACGUGGAAGUGCUGAAUGGUACGUCGGACAUACGUAUCACAUGGAAGAAACCUGUUGAUCCUAAUGGAAUGGUCGUAGCCUACAAAGUGAAAGUGAUCAAUACUGCGAAACAAUCGACUCCUGUCGAUCAAUGCAUUCCCGUGUCAGCUGAUUGGUCUCCUAAUGUGAAGGGCGCUAUUUUCAAAGGCUUGAAUGACGGCGAUUAUCGUGUUGAGUUACGCACGGUAUCCUUAGCUGGGGUCUCCCAACCGACUUACGCUGAAGAGCUGUUUGAAAUUUAUACGCCAGGAUUCUGGACUCUCAAGAACAUUCUGCUAACGUUGUUCUUCUUGCUGCUGUUUGCUGUAAUUGUUGGAAUUGUUGGUUACUUCUUCGUAAAGAAAUACUAUUCGCAAAAAGUGAAGGAGUACGCUACACAGCUAAUCUCAGCGAAUCCAGAGUAUUUGUCUCAGGCAGACGUUUACAAGCCUGAUGAGUGGGAACUGCAAAGGUCUGACCUCACAUUGGAAUGCGAAAUAGGUCGAGGAACGUUUGGAAAGGUAUAUCGUGGGUAUGGAAACGGCGUUCUAUCACGGUGUGGUGACACAUUUGGCGUGUGCGCGAUCAAGACAGUAACGGAGACGGCUAAUUCGGCAGAACGAUUGCAUUUCUUACUUGAAGCCAACGUGAUGAAGUCCUUCUCAGCAGAAGCGUUCAUUGUCAAGUUGUAUGGUGUUGUGUCAGAUGGUCAACCAGUACUGGUGGUUAUGGAGAUGAUGGAAAAGGGUAACCUUCGCGACUAUUUACGAUCUCGUCGCCCUGGUGCUGAAGAAAAUGUGGACAAUCUGCCAGUACCGACAGUAGCCGAGUACUAUGAAUGGGCAGCGCAAAUUGCUGAUGGAAUGGCGUAUUUGGAGUCGAUUCGUUUCUGUCAUCGUGAUCUGGCUGCAAGAAAUUGCAUGGUGCACGCGAACAAUACGGUAAAGAUCGGUGACUUUGGUAUGGCUCGUGAUAUUUACUACCAUGAAUACUACAAACCUAACGGUAAACGUUUGAUGCCCGUGCGCUGGAUGGCACCGGAAUCGUUACGUGACGGCACGUUUGACAUGAAGAGCGAUGUUUGGUCUUACGGUAUCGUGCUGUAUGAGAUGUUGACAUUGGGCCAGCAACCAUACCAAGGCUUGGCCAAUGAGGAAGUGCUCUCAUUCAUCGGAAUCUCACGAAAGACCCUUGACCGGCCGAUGGAUUGUCCAGAUUUCUGGUACGAUUUGAUGGUAGAAUGCUGGAGAUAUGUACCUCGAGAACGACCGACAUUCCGUCAAAUUGUGGAACAUCUCAUGCCAUUCGCUAGUGAUCAGUUCCGAGAGGCGUCAUGGAUCUACAACCAUCCUGACUAUCCAUCAGAUUCGGAACCAAAUUAUGUUCCUGAUGGUCAUGGGAUGCAACUUUUAGCAACCGAUGAAACCGCUGACGAGGUGGAGUACCGUCUGACGAAUCGUGCGUCAGGUGCGAAACCUCGUCGUGGUGAAGGUGAUUCGUUAGAUACCGAUUUCGAAGCCGAAGAUGAAGUUUGA